AUGAUUGAGAAUAAGGUUGAACUGGUAGCAGAACUAGUGUUAGAGUCCAUUGGUAAAACGGAUGUGGUGUCACGCCACACAGAGGGAACCAAAUCUUGCCAAGUGAGUUUUCGCACUGCAGAUUCUUCCAAUGAGAAAGGUGCAACAUCAUCCCUCUUUGAGCUAACCGUGGUUCAGACGCUAGAUGACAACGACAAGUAUACUGUUGUUAUCCGCCAUGGCACGUCGGUCACCAUGGCAUGCGUGGUGAGUUACGACGACUUCAAAUUACCCACAGAACCGAAGUGGCCACUGGAAAGAGAAGCCUUUCCCGUAGAGCCAGAUCUGAAGCCUGUAAUGACACAACUUAAAAGACAAACUGCAAGUAAUGAAGAUAUGCCAAAGUUCGACGAUGAGUACCAGGCACAAACAAGACAGAACCAGGGACCGGCACCAUUAAACCCGUAUCCGGGACUCACGGUAACUGAACCGAGCUUUACUAACCCAACGGGAGGGUAUGCGGAUCGCGAUCUAUAUCCUGUUGGUACAAGCCAUCCAGAUUUGUCUCGAGGGCUUCCGGAUCCUUUUGGAACUCCAAGUAAUCAAGGUGGUAUGAUAUUUGAUCCGAAUAGAAGGCCUCCUCAAAGACGGGAAGACAUGCCACCAGGAUGGAUGCCUGGAUCCAGGUACGACGAACCAUUUGGUCCUGGAUCUAGUGGAUUUGGAGGGGCAGGAUCCGGCUUCAUUUGA